AUGGGAACCACUUCAGGACCACAGUUCCUAUCGGAGGAUGGAUUACCGUACGGUAUGCCAAGUGGAGCAAGCCCCGCGCUGCACCCUAGCACUCCCUUCUGUAAUCCACCUGCGCUUCAGACCAUGGUCGAAGCGGAGCUUCUGGCUCAGAUGACCGCCCUCCGAAAGGAAAUGGCUAAACUCCAAGAACGUAACAAUCUUCUUUCGUCCAAAGUGGACGAAACCCAACGGUUGCUUAAUCAGCAGGAAACACAAAACGUUCGGACCACCGAAUCUUCCCAGAGUUAG